AUCAUAAAAUUUCACAUCUCUGCAGUUGUUAGUUAUUACAACACAUCGAUCUUUGCACAAAUCAGGCAAAAAAAAAAGAUAUAGAAUUGAGAGCUAAGAUUUAAUCAUCAAUUGAGUUGCAUGGAGCAAUUGCCCCCCAAAGCCCCCAUCACCAUGGCGGCCCACAAUUGGCCGUCGUUCCCCUUCCAAACGCCGCCCUCCUCCGCCGCCGCGCCGUGGAUGGACGAGUUCCUCGACUUCUCGGCCACGCGGCGGAGCUCCCACCGCCGCACCGUGAGCGACCCGAUCGCCUUCGUGGAGGACGUGGCCGCCCACGGCAGCGGCGGCAUGGGGUUCGACCGGCUCGAUGACGAGCAGCUGCGGAACAUGUUCUCCGACGACCUCAUCACCGCCCUCGGCUCGUCGUCGAACCCGUCCAGCGUCAACCCCUCCACUCCGUCCGACCAGAACAGCGACGACGACGACAAGAGGGCCGUCGCGUGCCUGCAGCCCAAGGCCGAGACGGAGGCCGGAGAGGUCGACAGUGCUGACCAACCGGCCCCGGACCCCACCGCGCCUCAGACGACUAAAUCGUCUGAGAACGCGCCAGGAGAUCCUAAACGGAUCAAAAGGAUUUUGGCAAACAGGCAGUCUGCUCAGAGGUCAAGAGUGAGAAAAUUACAAUAUAUUUCUGAGCUUGAAAGGAGUGUUACAACAUUGCAGACGGAAGUAUCUGCAUUGUCGCCGCGAGUAGCGUUUUUGGACCAUCAAAGGCUUCUAUUGAAUGUGGAUAAUAGCGCUAUUAAGCAAAGGAUAGCAGCAUUGGCUCAAGACAAAAUAUUCAAAGAUGCCCACCAAGAAGCACUAAAGAAGGAGAUAGAGAGGCUGAGGAAAGUCUUCCACGAGCAAAACAUGAAGAAGAAUAUGGAGUGCAGCGACGCGCCGGCGCCGCCGCCGGAGCGGCGGCCGGAGGAGGAGGAAUAAUGAUAGUAGUAUUAAAAGAUGGUGCAUUACAAUUCUUGAGAUUCAUCACAUGGUGUGUCUCUAUCUUUCUAAUCUAAUAGUGGGGCUCUUUCUCUCUCCUUUUUAUUUCUCUUUUUUAAUUUGGGUGGUGAUUGGAGCCUUUGUCAGUGUGAAACAUGGAUAGUGCCAUAGUGGCAUCCAAACAAAUGACAAAUAGAAUAAAAUUUGGGGGAGAAAAAGAAAAAAAAAAUAUGGGGAUUGCUAGGAAAGAUUCUUGUGACAUGCUAAUUUGUGAAGGUCUUUUUUCAUGGGGUUUUUUCUUGAAAAAAAUUCACUAGUAUUUGUUUUAUUUUUGAAUUCUUGAUGUGGGAGUCUUGUAAGUGUAGAUUGAUUGAUUAAUUAGAGUUUUGUAAUAUAAGUUUGAACAUUGUUUA